AUGAGAGUGGUAAUUUUAGGAUCAACCGGUUUUGCUGGAGGAGAAAUCUUGAAGAAGUUAAUUGAUAAUGCUGCUGUUGAAUCUAUCACCACUAUAACAAGAUCUAAAGUUGAAAUUGACAAUGAAAAGAUCCAGCAGGUUGUUAUGCCUUUAGAUCAAUGGUUUAGCGAUGCCAACAAUUUCAAAGAUAUUGAUGUAGCUAUUAGUUCUUUCGGAACGACUAGAGCUGGUGCUGGAGGUCUUGAAAACUUUAAGAAGAUUGAUUAUGGUACCAAUCUUGAAUUUGCUAAAAUGUGUAAGGAACAAUCAAUCCCCAAAUUCAUUUUGGUAAGUACUGCAAUGGCAAGUCCCAAUUCCAUGUUGCCGUAUCUCAGAAUCAAAGGUGAAUUAGAAAGAGAUAUUAGAGCUUUGAACAUUCCCAACAUGUUUUUCUUAAGACCCGGUGGGAUUCAAGGUGAUAGAAAACUCAAUUCUUAUCACGGGAAUACAGAACAAUUCUUUUUAAAACUCGGUUUAUACUGGCCAGUUAAUUACUUUCUUAGAUGUGUAAAGGUUGAAUCUGUAUCAGACUGUGUGAAUAAAUUAUUGGUGAAAGAAGGUACUAAGGUUAUUGAGUAUAAGGAUCUUAACGAUGGCAAUUAUUAG